CUUCUUUGUGGAAUUUCUCUGGCUGAAGACCACCAAAAACAGGUUUGGCAGUUAAUGCGUUGUUAACCCUCCUUCAUUUGUAGUGAUCAUUAUUCUGUCACAGGAAAAAACAGUCCUGUAGAUAAAACAUCUGGAUUAUUUAAAGGGUUUGUAAAGUGACUUGCAACCAUGGGUGACGCUGAAAUGGCGGUGUUUGGGCCAGCCGCCUCCUUCCUGAGGAAAUCAGAAAAGGAAAGACUGGAGGCUCAAAACAAGCCCUUUGAUGCUAAAAACUCUGUCUUUGUCCAUGAUGACAAGGAGCUUUACGUGAAGGGCUUAGUCACUGCACGUGAGGGUAACAAAGUCACCGUGAACACUGACGAUGGGAAGACUGUAACAGUCAAAGAGGACCUGGUCAACCCCCAGAACCCUCCAAAGUUCGAUAAGAUUGAAGACAUGGCCAUGUUGACCCACUUGAAUGAGGCCUCUGUGCUGUUUAACCUCAAAGAACGUUAUGCAGCCUGGAUGAUCUACACCUACUCUGGCCUCUUCUGUGUCACUGUGAACCCCUACAAGUGGUUGCCAGUGUACAACCCCGAAGUUGUUGCUGGCUACAGAGGAAAAAAGCGCCAGGAGGCCCCACCACACAUCUUCUCCAUCUCUGAUAAUGCCUAUCAGUUCAUGUUAACUGAUCGUGAAAACCAGUCUAUCCUAAUUACUGGAGAAUCCGGUGCUGGGAAGACUGUGAACACCAAGCGUGUCAUCCAAUACUUUGCAACAAUUGCAGCUAUUGGAGACCCACUAAAGAAAAAGGAGUCAGCAAACAAACUGCAGGGCACACUGGAAGAUCAAAUCAUCCAGGCCAAUCCUCUGCUGGAAGCCUUCGGUAAUGCCAAAACUGUGAGAAACGACAACUCCUCCCGUUUUGGUAAAUUCAUCAGAAUCCACUUCGGAACCACAGGAAAACUGUCUUCCGCAGAUAUCGAGACCUACUUGCUGGAGAAAUCCAGAGUCACAUUCCAGCUUUCAGCUGAGAGAAGUUACCACAUCUUCUACCAAAUUCAGACCAAUAAGAAACCAGAGAUUGUUGAAUCGCUGCUUUUGACAACAAAUCCAUAUGACUACCCCUUUAUCAGCCAGGGUGAGAUUUCUGUCAAGAGUAUUGAUGACGUAGAGGAGUUGCUGGCCACUGAUGGUGCCAUUGAUAUCCUGGGCUUUACACCAGAAGAAAAAAUGGGCAUCUACAAGAUGACUGGAGCUGUCAUGCACAUGGGAAAUAUGAGAUUCAAGCAAAAGCAAAGAGAAGAGCAGGCUGAACCUGAUGGCACAGAAGUUGCUGAUAAAAUUGGCUACUUGAAAGGAUUGAACUCUGCUGACCUGUUGAAGGCUCUCUGCUACCCAAGGGUAAAAGUCGGCAAUGAGUAUGUCACAAAAGGUCAAACUGUCCAACAGGUUUACAAUGCCGUUGGUGCUCUCAGCAAGUCUGUCUAUGAGAAGUUGUUCUUGUGGAUGGUUGUCCGUAUUAACCAACAGCUGGACACCAAAUUGCCAAGACAGCACUUUAUAGGUGUGCUGGAUAUUGCUGGAUUUGAGAUAUUUGAUUACAACAGCUUGGAGCAACUUUGCAUUAACUUCACCAAUGAGAAACUGCAACAGUUCUUCAACCACCACAUGUUCGUCCUGGAGCAAGAGGAGUAUAAAAAAGAAGGAAUAGAUUGGGAGUUCAUUGACUUUGGUAUGGAUCUGGCUGCCUGCAUAGAGCUUAUUGAGAAGCCAAUGGGUAUCUUCUCAAUCCUGGAAGAGGAGUGCAUGUUCCCCAAGGCUACUGACACUUCCUUCAAGAACAAGCUCUAUGAUCAACAUCUGGGCAAGUGCAAGAACUUUGAGAAGCCCAAACCUGGCAAAGGCAAAGCUGAAGCUCACUUCUCUCUGGUGCAUUAUGCUGGCACUGUGGAUUACAACAUCAGUGGGUGGCUUGACAAGAACAAGGACCCACUGAAUGAGACUGUUGUUGGCCUUUACCAGAAGUCUCCAGUGAAGCUCCUGGCCCUCCUUUAUUCUACCUAUUCUGGUUCUGAUGCUCCAGACACUGGUGCAAAGGGUGGAAAGAAAAAGAAGGGGUCCUCUUUCCAGACUGUCUCUGCCCUGUUUAGAGAAAAUCUGAACAAGCUGAUGACUAACUUGAGAAGCACUCAUCCUCACUUUGUGCGUUGUCUGAUCCCCAACGAGACAAAAACUCCAGGUACCAUGGAGAAUCAUCUGAUCAUCCACCAACUCCGGUGUAAUGGUGUGCUUGAGGGCAUCAGAAUCUGCAGAAAAGGUUUCCCUAGCAGAAUUCUGUACGGCGAUUUUAAACAACGUUACAAGAUAUUAAAUGCGAGUGCUGUUCCUGGUGGGGAGUUUAUUGACAGUAAGAAGGCCUCUGAGAAACUUCUGGGCUCCAUAGAUGUUGACCACACCCAGUACAGAUUUGGACACACAAAGGUGUUCUUUAAAGCAGGUCUUUUGGGUGUCCUUGAAGAAAUGAGAGACGAUAAGUUGGCCCAACUCAUUACUCGCACUCAGGCUCAAUGCCGAGGUUUCUUGAUGAGAGUGGAAUUCAAAAAGAUGAUGGAAAGAAGAGAUGCUAUAUUUGUCAUCCAGUACAAUGUCAGAUCAUUCAUGAAUGUCAAGCACUGGCCAUGGAUGAAGCUGUAUUUUAAAAUUAAGCCUCUUCUGAAGAGUGCCGAGACUGAAAAGGAGAUGGCUAAUAUGAAAGAAGAGUUUGAAAAGACCAAGGCAGCACUGAUUAAAUCAGACGCAAGAAAGAAAGAGCUAGAAGAGAAAAUGGUUGUCAUGAUGCAAGAAAAAAAUGACUUGCUGCUUCAAGUGCAAUCGGAAGGUGAAAACCUAAAUGAUGCAGAGGAAAGAUGUGAAGGUCUGAUUAAAAAUAAGAUUCAGUUAGAGGCUAAGAUCAAGGAGGUCACAGAAAGGCUUGAAGAUGAGGAGGAGAGUAAUGCAGAGUUAACUGCUAAGAAGAGGAAAUUGGAAGAUGAAUGCUCUGAGCUGAAGAAGGACAUUGAUGACUUAGAGCUGACCUUGGCCAAAGUCGAGAAGGAGAAGCAUGCCACAGAAAAUAAGGUUAAAAACCUGACUGAGGAAAUGGCUGGACUGGAUGAAAACAUUGCAAAGAUUUCCAAAGAGAAGAAAGCUCUCCAGGAGGCACACCAACAGACUCUUGAUGACCUUCAAGCAGAAGAAGACAAAGUCAAUACUUUGACCAAAGCUAAAACUAAGCUGGAACAGCAAGUGGAUGACCUGGAAGGUUCCCUGGAGCAAGAGAAGAAACUUCGUCUUGACCUUGAGAGAGCCAAGAGAAAGCUUGAAGGAGAUCUGAAAUUGGCCCAAGAAACCAUAAUGGAUCUUGAGAAUGAGAAGCAGCAAGCUGAGGAAAAAAUUAAAAAAAAAGACUUUGAAAUAAGCCAGCUACAAGGAAAAAUUGAGGAUGAGCAAUCCUUGGCAUCUCAACUGCAGAAAAAGAUCAAGGAACUUCAGGCCCGUAUUGAGGAAGUUGAAGAGGAGAUAGAAGCAGAGCGUGCUGCUCGUGCCAGGGUUGAGAAACAGAGGGCUGACUUGUCCAGAGAACUUGAAGAAAUCAGCGAGAGACUUGAAGAGGCUGGUGGUGCCACUUCUGCUCAGAUUGAGCUCAACAAAAAACGUGAGGCUGAGUUCCAAAAACUGAGACGUGAUCUGGAAGAAUCCACCCUUCAUCAUGAAGCUACCUCUGCUGCCUUGCGCAAGAAGCAUGCUGACAGUGUGGCUGAACUUGGAGAACAGAUUGACAAUCUCCAGAGAGUUAAACAGAAACUGGAGAAGGAGAAGAGUGAGCUAAAGAUGGAAAUUGAUGACCUUGCUAGCAACUUGGAGAAUAUCUCAAAAUCAAAGGCCAACCUUGAGAAAGUGAGUCGUGUUCUUGAGGAUCAGCUCAGUGAAAUCAAGACCAAAGAUGAUGAGCACCAGCGUGUUAUCAAUGACCUCACAGCCCAGAGAGCCCGUUUGCAAACUGAAAAUGGUGAGCUGUCCCGGCAACUUGAAGAGAAGGAAUCACUCGUUACUCAGUUGAGCAGAGGAAAGCAGGCAUUCACUCAACAGACUGAGGAACUAAGAAGACAACUAGAGGAAGAAACCAAGGCCAAGAAUGCCCUUGCCCAUGCCCUGCAAUCAUCCCGCCAUGACUGUGACUUGCUCCGUGAGCAAUAUGAAGAGGAACAGGAGGCAAAGGCUGAGCUUCAGAGAGCUUUGUCCAAGGCUAACAGUGAGGUUGCACAAUGGAGAACCAAAUAUGAGACUGAUGCCAUUCAACGCACAGAGGAACUGGAAGAGGCCAAAAAGAAACUCGCUCAGCGUCUCCAGGAUGCUGAGGAGCAAGUUGAGGCUGUGAACUCCAAAUGUGCCUCCCUAGAAAAGACCAAACAGAGGCUACAAGCUGAAGUUGAGGAUCUUAUGGUUGAUGUGGAGAGAGCAAACAGUGCAGCUGCAGCUCUGGAUAAGAAGCAGAGGAACUUUGACAAGGUUCUGGCAGAAUGGAAACAGAAGUAUGAAGAGGGCCAGGCAGAACUAGAAUCAGCUCUAAAGGAUGCUCGCUCAAUGAGCACAGAGAUUUUCAAGAUGAAAAAUGCCUAUGAGGAAUCUUUGGAUCAGCUUGAAACUCUCAAACGAGAAAACAAGAACUUGCAACAGGAGAUCUCAGAUCUAACUGAACAAAUUGGUGAGGCUGGAAAGACUGUACACGAGCUGGAAAAGGCCAAGAAAUUGGUGGAACAGGAAAAGAGCGACUUGCAAGGAGCUUUAGAAGAAGCUGAGGGUUCUCUGGAACAUGAAGAAUCUAAGAUCCUUCGCAUCCAGCUUGAAUUGAACCAGUUGAAAUCUGAGGUAGACAGGAAAAUUGCAGAGAAAGAUGAGGAGCUCGAACAGUUGAAGAGGAACAGCCAGAGAAUUAUUGACACCAUGCAGAGCACACUGGAGUCAGAAAUCAGAAGCAGGAACGAUGCUCUGAGACUUAAGAAGAAGAUGGAAGGUGACCUGAAUGAGUUGGAAAUCCAAUUGAGCCAUGCCAACCGGCAAGCUGCUGAGACCCAGAAACAGCUCAGGAAUGUACAAGCCCAACUCAAGGACAGCCAGCUGCAGCUGGAUGAUGCCCUGAGGAGCCAGGAAGACCUGAAAGAACAGGUGGCUGUGGUGGAACGCAGGAACAACCUACAGCAGGCUGAGAUUGAGGAAACCAGGAGUGCUCUAGAACAGACAGAAAGAUCUCGCAAGGUGGCUGAGCAGGAACUCCUGGAUGCAAGUGAAAGAGUUCAGCUCCUGCACUCCCAGAACACAAGCCUCAUCAACACCAAGAAGAAGUUAGAGAGUGAUAUGAGUCAGCUGCAGAAUGAAGUUGAGGAAGCUGUGCAAGAGGCCCGAAAUGCUGAGGAAAAAGCCAAGAAGGCCAUCACUGAUGCUUCUGUGAUGGCAGAAGAGUUGAAGAAGGAGCAGGACACCAGCGCCCACUUGGAAAGAAUGAAGAAGAACCUUGAACAAACAGUGAAGGACCUGCAGCAUCGUUUGGAUGAAGCAGAACAGUUGGCAAUGAAGGGUGGCAAGAAGCAACUCCAGAAACUGGAGUCCAGGGUGCGUGAGCUGGAAAAUGAACUUGAUGCUGAGCAGAAACGUGGAACAGAAGCCAUCAAGGGAGUUCGCAAGUAUGAGAGAAGAGUUAAAGAGUUAUCUUACCAGAGUGAAGAGGACAAGAAAAAUGUCUUGAGACUCCAGGAUCUGGUGGACAAACUCCAGCUGAAGGUCAAAGCCUACAAAAGACAAGCUGAGGAAUCUGAGGAACAAGCCAAUGUGCACCUGACCCGCUUCAGGAAAGUCCAACAUGAGUUGGAAGAAGCCGAGGAAAGAGCUGAUAUUGCUGAGUCCCAGGUGAACAAGCUCAGAGCCAAGAGCCGAGACAUCAGUGGAAAGAAAGGAGAAAGCGAGUAAUUCCACCCUGAAGCUUUACGUGUCCGGGGAAAAGGUGCAAAAUGCAAGCUUCUUCCUGCACACCUGUAAUUAAAGCAUCACUGUCUUUUUAUGUGCUUGUGUAAAAAUAAAAUUCUGCAACUAUCACUGA